AUGUCUUAUUACGACGAUAUCCAGCGUCCGAACAACGUCUAUCGGGUGCGCCGCUCCUCAAACGGCCUGCACCAGAUGUACCGUUCGGCAGGGGGCGGCUACUACGAUGCUCCUCCCGAAAUGCGGAUGGUAUACCAGUACAACCAGCCCGCACUGCAACCCCAGAUGUUCUAUCGUCCACCACCGAUGCCAUACGGGAGCCGCAUUACACGGCAGUACCGUCCUGCGAUGUGCUGCGACACGCUCUGCGGUCCGUGCUGUGACUCGUGUUGUCCUUCUUGGUGCGGACCUGGUUGGUGCUGCUGCUGUUGA